CGCAGAGACCUGAUCAGAGCUUCGGUUUCGAGAUUGGGGACCGGCGAUGCCAACGGAAAACAGUAAACAUCAACCUCCAACAUCCCGAUACUUUACGAUACCCCAUCUGUCUGCAUUACUGUUUGUCCCUUGAAGCGCAUGCUAUAUACCACAACACUAUGGCGACCACCCUCCAAAUACACAAGCCGUACGUGCUGAAGGCGCUGUCGCAUCCUCUCGACCGUCCCGACGGACCAGGAAAACACACUGUCGGCGAGGUCUAUGGCCAGGUAUCAGGGCCCGGAUCCAAGAAGAGGAAACGCUCCGAGCUUGCCGUUGCCAUUGACGGUGACUCGGUUCAUCUCUACGAUAUCCCCUCGGCGCAAGCCAUCACAUCCUACCUCGUCCCUCCCCAGGCCUACUUCACCUGCGCCCCUUACUCGCUGCGAUGGAGAUCCUCUACUUCCAAGACUGCCUCUCGCUACACCUAUGCCUCGACACAAGAUUCCCUCUCGGCCAAGAAGGAGAUCAAGCUCUUCAAGGAUAUUGUUGCCGAAGCCGGAAACACCACCUCGACAACUGCUACCCACGUCCACCGUUGCGCUAAGCCCAUCGUCCACAUUUCUGCUACCUCAGUACGGAGCUCCAGAGACACCUUGACCAACCAAGAUACACCCGCCCACGACGUCAUCGCCGUGUCCGCCGACGGCACUCUCAUCAGCCUCGCCGGCGAGACCCUUACCGAGAAGUGGCAGUCGUCGCCAUCCAUCCUCACCCAGGAGCUGCCUUCCAACACUGGCUGCCAUGUCGACUUUGUCCAGCCUGCCCUCGCGGCCGAUGUUAUCGAUGGCAUGUUCGGUGGAAAGAAUGAGCUGUUCGGCGUCUUCCAGGAAAAGAUUCACCGUCAAGGUUUCAACCCCGACAUUCUCGUGCUCGUCACGUCGCCAGAAAAGUCCGAGUCUACACGCCAGAGAUACUUGCACAUUCUUGCCCUACCGACCGAGAGGGCCUCUCAACAAGUAAACCAGCAGAAUGUCAUUCCCAUCUUCGCCGCCCCUCUCCCAACCAAGACUGGUGCCGCCAAGUUCCAGCUCGAUGUUAGGUCGGGCACUUUGCAGGAGCUGUCCGAGGGCGUCCUUCACACAUAUGCUUUCAACGGCGGCAUUCCCCGUCUCGAGAACAAGCUGGAGGUUCCUGAAAUGGCCUCUUUCUUGCGCCUGUCCAAGACCUCGGUCCUUGCCGCUACCGCCGACUCCCUUACCGUCUACAACCCCGUCUACCGCUCGCUCCAGGCUACUGCUCCCCUUGGAGUCGGGAUGGGUGUCUCGUGCGAGCUCGUCACCUACCUUGCUAGCCGCGAGAUCGCAGUUGGCCUAUGCGGAACCUCUUUGAUUGCCGUCCAGAUUGAAGCCCCCAAGACCCGCACCAGCAAGCGCCGCGCUGAAGGCCUCCUCGCCGAUUCGAUCCGCCGUGGCCUCCCUAGAGCUCAGCCUGCUCAGAAGCGCGGCCAUGUCGAGCUUCCUCCUUCGGCUAUCCUUGCCGAGGCCCUCCCUGGCACCAUGACCGAGGAGUACCUUGCCCAAUUGGCGGCCGAUACUGCCAAGGCGGACGAGUACCUCAACGCCAACAACCUGAACGAUUUCGAGGAGCUGCUGGCGGCCCAGUUCAAGAUCCAGCUGAAGGCUAAGAAGGAGAAGAAGGACAAGAAGGACAAGAAGGACAAGAAGGUCAACGGUGCUACCGAAGACAAGACCGCGACCUCGGACCUCCCCGAGUGGUCCUGGCCCUCCAAGCGCUCUGACUACCCCCAGAUUGACCGGCGCUGGGUCUUCUACGCCAUCAGCCGCGUCUUCUCUUGGGCCAGCUCCAGCGAAAACCCCAAGGCCACCCACCUUUCGUGCCGCCUUCCCGAGAGCAGCGUGCUCAAUUACCUCGUUGACGCCGGCCACCUUACCAUCUCCAAUAUUAAGUCCGCCUUCAAGGAAGAGAUCCGCGAACUCGGUGAUCAAGUCGACAACGUCAUCGGCGAGGAGCUUCCGGCUGUCCUCGUUGAAGUCGACCCAGCAAUGGAGCUCCUGGUCGUCUAUCUCUCCUCCACCCAGACCUCCCCCUCCGAGCUCGUAACAUCCAUCAAGCUCAUCCUCAGCAGCCUUGACCUGCUCAACAGCGCCAGCGCUCCCAAGCUGCAAGAGCUUGUCCUCCGCCCCUCUCCCAACGCCACCACCACCUCCUCCGAGGCCGACAAGCCCCAGCAGGACACCGAGAUGACCGACGACGACGCGGCCAUCACCAAGCAACUCGACCAAGCCGAGCAAGAACUCCAGCUAACCGAGUACCUUGCCACCACCUCCUCCCGCUAUCCCCUCCGUGCGCGCGGCCUCUCCGCCGCCUUCUCCAAGCUUUCUGCCUGCCCUUCUCUCCCCACCGUCCAGACCCUCCGCCGUCUGCUGACAACAGAGGAGAUCGUCUGCCUCAUGAACGUCCUCCGCAACGAGAUGAUCAAGGACGGCUGGACCACCAGCUACGUGGCCGACGAAUCACCCGAAGAAGAGCAGGAAGCGCCGCCCGAUGGCUCCAUCAAGCUCAUUGCCGAUUUGCUGAGCAGGUGCAUCGACGCGGUCGGCCUAGGCGGCUGGAUGGGCUUCGACGCCGUCUUGGCCUCCUGGGGCAGCCAGCAAGACGCGGCCGAGUUCUUUGGCCACUUCCAGAACGAGGUCAGCGUGGCGCUGGAAGGACUCAACGAAACCGUCAGGCUCCAGGGCAUGAUUGGUGAAGCUACCAACUACGCCAAGAGGGCGAAUACUUCGCUCACUGCCUUUGCUAAGCCCAAGGCUGAGGGCGAGGGUACCGCGGUCGUGCAGCUGUCGGCGGGCCCUCUCCCGCUGGGUCUCAAGACGGAGGAGAAGAUCGGCUUGGAGAGGGUGCGUGGCGGUGGAGAAAUUGUGCAGAGGAGUAUGAGACAGAUCGGUAUGUUUGUGAGCAAGAAGAGGAGGGGGUAUGAGGUGCACAGGAUUUCGGAGGAGGGGUUGCUUAGCAAGGGGAGUGGACGGCCUAGCUUGGUUGUUCAGGAGGCUCUUUGAUGAGUCUGGGGAGAAGGAAGAAAUGUUGAAAAGUAUCGAUACAAUAGAUGUUGUUUGUGAUAAUAGGAUGGGUUGUCUGUGUAAGAAGAGCGUGUGUCCCAGAUCUGGAUAUGGUGAGCACGGGACUGGGUAGGUAGGUUUAGGGUGUAACAUGUAAAGCAGCCCGGAAAAGGGGGAAUGUCCAGAGGAAAGUAAAAGGGAAUGUCCAGAGGAAAGUAAAAGGGAA